UUUCGAAAUCGUGGUCUGUCCCCACCUCCAGAGCCUCUGGCUCUUCCCCAGUCAGUGACCCAGACUGCCUACUGCUCUUGCCUCAGUCCAUGAGCAACUCGGCUGUUCGAAGCUCCCUGCCAGACAACAGGCCUUCAGAGAGGUCUGACAGCCUCUGUGGGCAACCAGCACACAUGGCCAGUCUGAACAUGGAAACCAGCUCCGCCGCUGCCCCCCUGAACACUGCAACAAGAGAGAGAUUUCCUGUCCGCCAAGGUUUUCUUCGUUCCUCGCUCAAAUCACAGCCAGAAAAACACUUGAUUCCUGGGAAUGUGGAUAUGGUGCUCAAGAGACAGCCAGACAACCAACCUGGGGAGAAGGAUGACACAAUUCCUGAGACCGACAUGGGGUUAUAUGAUGGAAAUCUGACCCCUGAAGAAAUAAAAUUUUUGGAAGAGUUCCCCCAGUGGAAAAAGGAGCAAGAACACUAUAUCACAACGCUUCGUGCUUUUGCAGAGGAUGCUGACAAAAUGCACAAAAAAUUCACCAAGUCCAAGGUGGUGUCCAAUUCCGUCACUGUUGCCUCUGAAGUUGCGAGCAUUGUGGGCUUAGCCCUAGUUCCCGUAACAGCAGGAGCGAGCUUGCUUCUCUCAACCGCAAGCAAAGGUGUGUCAGCAGCAGCUGCAGUUACCACUAUGGUGACAGAGUUCAGAGAAAAAUCUCACAAUAAAAAACUCCGUGCUCAGGCCAGUAGCCAAGUGCCCAUGGGUGACCAAGAGCCCACAGACACAGGAGAAAAGCAGUCUCCCAAUCUCACAGCUGCCGGUCAGGCUCUGUAUAGGUGUGGGAGAGCCCUGCAAGUUAUCAAGAAAGGCAUCCGGGCCCUUUGGCCUGUCAAAGCCCAGCCACGCUCGGGCACUUCUGCUAAGCAUCUUCGGACUGCUGAUAAAGUCUCAGCGUCCGCAAGAAUGCAGGUACAGAAGGCCAGGCCAGGUAAAGUGCUGACUGUGGCAAAAAUAGCUCGCAUGAGUGUUAGGGCCUUCGCGUCCAUGUCUCUGAAUGAGGGCGUGUCUGCUCUCUGGAAGAACUGGAAGCAACUGAAAGAUGAAUCGAAGGCUGAGCUCGCGGAGGAACUCAGAGCCCAGGCUCGGGAGCUGGAAGAGGUGCUGGAGCAAUACAGCGAAUGCUACGAUGCACUGCUAAAAAAGAGAGCUGCAGGUAUGGAAGGCUCUCUGGAACCCUCCAACCUGCAGGACGAUGGAGGAUACCACCGCGAGUGCAGCUCCCCCCAGGCUGAGGACACCAGUGUCGUGCCAACCGCGAAGGCCAGCAGAGUACCCAUGGCGGUGCCGUGUGCGCUGCCCCCUCCUCCCAGGCUGCCGGAAUCUUUGAUAAAUGAACUACUGCUUAGGAGGUCAUCUUUGAAAGAAGUCAAGAAGACUCAAACUCAGCCUGGGUUCCCUGCUAAGAGCUUUAUUAUUUAAUCUCUUUUAGGUCUUUGAUUCAAUUUUGAAUUAAUUUUUUUCUGUACUGAGGAUCAAACUCAGGGGUGCUUUGUUACAGACUGGUGACUUAUUUCACCAGCCUUUUCAAUUUAUUUUGAAACAGGCUGACUUCCACCUUGUAAUCUUCCUGCCUCAGCCCGAUGAGUAACUGGGAUUUCAGGUUUUCAAGGCCACUAAGUUAAUUUUUGUAGAUGGUGUUUGAUAAGGGUCUAUCUUCCUUAUUUUACAAGAAGAUAUCUUGUUUCUCCAGCACGAUUGGUUGAAGAAUCCCCUUCCCCAUUGAAUGAUCUUAGUACUCUAGUUGAAGGUCAUUUGACUACAUUGUGAGCGCUUAUUUCUGAGCUCGCCAUUCUAUGACAGGUAAAUCUGUCUUUACGCAUGUACCACUACAGUACCUUAGGUUAGUUAUGAACAGUCAGAGCAGCCUUUCAGUAGGGUCAGAUGAAAGAAAAUACCCAAGCUUAUAGAUAUAAAAUAAAACACAAGAACAAAAGACGAAAGUUUCAGAUGACAAUGGAGAAGUAAGGAUCAUUUCUCCCAGGAAGGAGACUCUUAUCCCUCUAGACCAGACAUAAUUAACAGCUCCUUCUUAUCUCCAGACUAGAAACUUAGACAUGCAGAAUAACCGGUUUCCUGUAAACCAGCUAAACAACUAAUUUCCUUUAAACAUUAAACCCGCACACCUGCCUGUUUAAAAUAAGUCCCACUCAACAGCCUGUUGCUAGUCUCUCGGUCCUUCUUUUCAAUCCUGGCCUUCCCUCCAGCCAUCAUACCUCAGUG